GCAUACCUGAUCAUUCGAGGCAUGAAGACGUUGCAUCUUUGUGUACAGCAAUAGAAUUCGACAGCAUUGAGGAUGGCCGAAGUUUUAGAGGCACAUCCUAAGGUGGCUCAGGUCUAUUAUCCUGGCUUGAAAAGUCAUCCUGAACAUGAACUUGCUAAGAGGCAAAUGACUGGUUUUGGUGGUGUCGUCAGUUUUGAUAUUGAUGCCGACUUACAUACCACCAUCAAAUUCAUUGAUGCACUUAAAAUUCCAUACAUUGCCCCAUCAUUUGGUGGCUAUGAGAGUAUUGUGCAUCAACCAGCAAUUAUGUCUUACUGGUACUGCCCUUGAAUUUUCAAUAUAUUGAUUGAAAAUGUAAUUAUUAUCUGUCAGUAGUAAGUUUUAUCAUGACAAGGUCGGAUUAUCAUACACCCUCAUGGAUGCAUAUUCUUUAAUGAAAAGAUUAGCAAAGUUUAGCUUAUAAAUAACCCAAAUAAAAGUCAGAUUACUAUGAGGCCUAAGGAGUAAAUAUUUUUGGCAUAGAUGCCUAGGCAGAGUGAUAAAAUU